CCAAGCGCUCGCUUCCUCCCUUGCGCCUCGAGAAAACGAAGGAUCAGUUCAGAAGGAAACCCUCAUCUAACCAGCAAACUCGGAGACAAUGUCCUCAUAAAUAUUCUGAUUCGCCUCCCCGACCCUAGAUCCGCCUGCCGAUGCAAAAUCGUUUGCAAGCGGUGGAGCUCACUGAUCUUCAGUGUCAGCUUCAAUCGCCUAUUCGUUUCCCACAACCAGAGCAAGAGCGCACCGCCCCUGCUUGUUCCCUCAUACGGCUCCUCGCCCUCCAUCUUCUUGACCUUCCUCCCUAUGGAUCGUCAAGUUCGUUACCGUCUCAAGGUUUUUGAUUCCUUCAAGGAUUUGAUUUUGUGUGGGUUUGCUGAUACAUAUACUCGUAAUAGCCUAUGGGGCAGAUCGUUCCUGGUCUGCAAUCCUUUUACGAAGUAG